AUGGAGGGAGAAAUCAACAAUUUCAUAAUGGUAUGGAGCAUUGCUGUAGCAAUAAUGUGCUAUUGCCAUGCAAUUGGGAAAUCAAUCUCCCAAGGUGCCUACAGACUCAUAGCCCUCUUACCAGCCAUAGUGCUACUCCUUCUCCUCCCCCUGAGGCUCCUCUCCAUUCACCUUGGAGGGCCUUCUAGUUUCUUCUUAGGUUGGCUUGCCACCUUCAAACUUUUACUGUUUGCCUUUGGCAAAGGUCCUCUUUCUUCAGACAACAACAAUGCCCCUCUCUCUUUACCUCAUUUUGUUUCCCUUGCAUGUCUACCCAUCAAAUUCCAACACCAACCCACUAACACUAACCCUCCAAAAUCACAACUUUCCAAAUUUACCCACAAAUCCCUCCUCAAUUUUGCUUUUGCCUCCGUGGCUAUCAUACUUGCCACCCUGAUUCCUCUUUAUGGAAAGCAAGAAUAUCUUCAUCCAAAAUUCGUACUUUUCUUGUACAGCAUCCACAUGUAUAUUGGACUGGAGUUUUGUUUUGGGUUAACCUCCCUAUUCACUCGAAAGCUUCUUGGAGUUCAGCUAGACCCACAGUUCAACAAGCCUUACCUGGCUUCCUCUCUACAAGACUUCUGGGGUAGAAGAUGGAACAUGAUGGUAAACCGUAUCUUGCACCCUACCGUAUACGAUCCGACGGUGGAUUUUGCACAACGCUUCAUUGGAAGAAAGUGGGCCCCACUACCUGCUGUUCUCUCUACUUUCGCCGUAUCGGGGUUGAUGCAUGAGGUGGUUUUUUAUUACUUAAAGAGGGAGAAACGCACGUGGGAAGCAUGGGAACCCUCGUGGGAUGCCACCUGCUUCUUCCUCAUUCAUGGAGUGUGUGUGGCCAUUGAGAUUGCCCUGAAGAAGGCACUUAAGGGGAAACAGCAGUUGCCGAAAGCACUUUCAAGGCCACUCACUGUGACUUUUAUAUUUUACACCGGGUUGUGGUUGUUUUUACCAGCUUUGGUUCGAUGUCGUGUUUAUGAUAAGGCAGUUAGGGAAUUGAGGGCUUUUACUGAGUUUGUUCAAGGAUAUCUGCCAUGGAUAUUCUAA